GUUGCCUUGUCGAAUGCCUGGGUAUACCACGAAUCUAAUGCCCAACAUGCCCGACGAGCGCGAGGAGCCUGCGACGGCACGAGCCCCGCGCCAAAACACGUUCCAGCAUGUCGCUGCCACAGCGACCGCAGACGGCCUCGCCUUCAAGCAGAAUCAUCUGGGCGUCGCCUUCAGAGAUUUGACUGUGCACGGCCUGGUAUCCGAGAAUGACUACCGCCACACAGUCGCCAACGCGCCGUUGGUCAUGGUCCAGGUUCUGAGGAAGUUGUUCGGCCGAGAGCGGACACGAAGACUCGACAUCUUGCGGGACAUUGACGGUGUUGUGCGGAGCGGACAGAUGCUGGCGGUGCUGGGUAGGCCGGGGAGCGGAUGUAGCACUCUUCUGAAGACGCUCGCAGGCGACACCGACGGGCUGUCUAUUGGCGCCAAGUCCCUCAUCAGCUACCAAGGCGCUUCCACUCACGAUAUGUGCAAAGACUUCCGCGGAGAAUGCGUCUACAUGGCCGAGCAGGACGUCCACUUCCCAGAGCUCACGGUGCGAGAGACAUUGUCCUUCGCCUCCGCGACUCAGUUCCCCAAGGCAUCUGCUUACGGCGCGGCCAAAACACAGCUGGCGCUUGAUGUCUUCAAUCUCGCCGACGCCGUGGAUACCAAGAUCGGCAAUGAAGUCAUUCGGGGAGUGAGCGGCGGCGAGAAGAAGCGCGUGACCAUCGCAGAGGCCCUGUCUGCCGAAGCAUCGAUUCAAUGCUGGGACAACAGCACGAGGGGCAUGGAUAGCGAGACGGCCCUCAGCAUCGUCCGCCACUUCCGCUCUCUCGCAAAGAACCAGGGAACCGCCAUGGUGGUCAGCCUGUACCAAGCAUCACAAUUAGCCCUGGACGAGUUCGAUCUGGUUACCGUUUUGUACCAAGGACGCCAAAUUUACUUCGGUUCCUGGAAUGCUGGGCUUUCGUACUUUCAGUCACUGGGCUUCCAGAAGCCACCGAAGAUGACCGCGGGUGAUUUCUUCACGGCGCUGACGAACCCGGCCGAGGCAAGGAAGCUCGCGCAGGAAGGCAGGGAGGACACGGUCCCGAUAACGGCAGAGGACUUCGUGUUCCAUUGGAACCUGAGUGCAGAGCGAACGUGGCUGCUCGGCGAGGUCCACGCCUUCCAGGAAGAGUUUCCCUCGGGCCGCGCGACACUCGACGCCUUGCGCAAGAUGAAGGCAAGCAGUCGAGGAGUCAACCUUCACCGUUCCUCUCCUUACACUAUUGGUACUUUUCGCCAAAUAGGCCUCUGCCUAGGCCGAGGCAUUCAGCGCGUAAAGAACAAUAUCCAGCUGCCCAUAUCGACCGUGCUCGGCAACACCAUCAUGGCGCUUAUUGUGGGCAGCAUCUUCUUCAACUUGAAGCCCGACAGCGACAGCAUGCAGAAACGGACCAUUCUUCUCUUUUUUUCAACCCUCUUGAACGGAUUCAUGACGGGCUUUGAGGGAUUCGCCGUUUGGCAACAGCGGCCUAUCUGCGAGAAGCAUCGACGAUAUGCCUUCUACCACCCGUUCGCGGAGGCUGUCUCAGCAAUGCUGUGCGAUCUGCCUGCCAAAUUAUCAGCCACCGUGCUCUUCAACGUCGUGCUGUACUUCAUGACCAACCUGCGCCGCGAGCCAUCGGCGUUCUUCAUCUACCUCUUGUUCAUCUUUACUACCCUGAUGACCAUGUCGAUGUUCUUUCGCGGGAUCGCCUCCAUGUCUCGAACAAUGCACCAGUCCAUGGUGCCCAUGGGUAUCCUCACGAUCUUGUUCGUGAUAUAUACUGGUUUCGUCAUUCCGGAAGACUACAUGCAUCCAUGGUUGUCAUGGUGCCGGUACGUCAACCCAGUUUACUAUUCGUUCCAGAGCGUCAUGAUCAACGAAUUUCACGGCCGAGAAUUCUCCUGCAGUCAUUACAUGCCCGAGGGCCCGAGCUACAGCGACGCGCAGGUAAUAUGCGCCAGUCCCUAUGCUAUCCCCGGAGCCCGCUUCGUGGAUGGUACCCGGUAUCUGUCCCUCGCCUAUAGCUUCCGGCGAGAGCAACUGUGGAGAAACUAUGGGAUCCUGCUACUGCUCAUGGUGGGAAUGUGCAUAACCCACGUCACCUCCUCGGAGUAUAUCCUCGCCCAAAAGCCCAAAGGAGAGGUGUUGCUCUUUCUGCGGAGAAAGCAAGCCAAGCUGCGAGACCGGAAAUCUGAACCAGAAGCACUCGAGGCUCCUGAAGUCUCUCGCUACUUUGUUGAAGAGCCCAAGGUCGACAGCUUCGAGCAGGUCAUCGAAAUCCAGUGGCCAUUGUCCAACUUCUGCUGGCGUGAUCUAUCCUACGAGAUCACCGUCAAGAAGCAACGUAAGACUCUGCUUACUGGUAUCAGCGGCUGGGUAAAGCCCGGCACUCUCACAGCCUUGAUGGGCGCUACAGGAGCUGGGAAGACAACGCUGCUGGAUGUUCUUUCUCAAAGAACUUCGGUAGGCAUAGUAUCCGGGACCAUAUGUCUAAAUGGAGAGGAACGUGGCGAUGACUUCCAGAGAAAGACGGGCUACGCUCAGCAAGCGGAUGUUCAUCUCCCCACGAGCACUGUUCGAGAAGCUCUGCAAUUUAGCGCGCUUCUCAGGCAGCCCUCUCACAUCCCAAAGAGCGAAAGGCUCUCCCAUGUUGAGACAGUGAUUGAGGUCUUGGAGAUGGAGCCAUUUGCGGAUGCGCUGGUGGGUGUGCCUGGGGAAGGCCUUAACGUCGAACAGCGCAAACGCCUUACAAUUGGCAUAGAGCUGGCCUCCAAGCCAGAGCUUCUGCUUUUCUUGGACGAGCCAACAUCUGGCCUGGACAGUCAGACCGCGUGGAUGAUAUGCACCUUGCUAAGGAAGCUUGCCAGCCGCGGUCAAGCUAUUCUUUGCACGAUUCAUCAGCCCUCUUCUACCCUGCUUCAGAUGUUUGAUCGUCUCCUGCUUAUCCAAAAGGGGGGUCGAACCCUUUACUGCGGUGAUGUCGGACCCAAUUGCGAAUCGGUAGUCUCCUAUCUCGAAAGCAAAGGAGCCCGAACUUGUGGUCCGGACGAGAACCCGGCCGAAUGGAUGCUGGAAGUCACCGCGCCCGGAAGUAGCAUCGAGUGGUUCGACGAAUGGAAGAACUCGUCACAGCACGAGCAUCUAAUACAACAAAUAGAGAGGAUGUCAUCCACGUCGGAGUUCGAGCGAAGUUCGCUAGCGAGCGAUCACGACCAGUUUGCUGCUCCCUUCACCUAUCAGCUCCGACUCUUGCUGAAACGUACGUUUGUGGAGUACUGGCGCGAUCCUGCGUUCCUUUGGGCAAAAUUCCUUUUCACCUGUGGAUCCACCCUCGCCAUCGCCUUUUCCUGCUGGAAAGCACCCACAAGCCUCCAAGGACUACAGACUCAGCUAUUCGCCAUCUUUCUCUUCUUCACCAGCUUCAGCGCCAUGAUGCAACAAAUUGUUCCUCAGUUCACGGAGCGGAGGGCGCUCUUCGAAGCGAGAGAGGGACCUGCGAGGAUUUUCUCCUGGUCCGCGUUCCUACUCUCGGCUAUCAUUACAGAAGCAAUUGGCCAAACUCUCCUCUCGGCCCUUGCAUUUGGCCUCUUCUACUAUCCCAUGGGCAUGCAUCUGGGCGUCCCUGGAGGCGAAGGACCGGAACGCGCUGCGCUAAUGUUCCUCUUCUUCUUAGCCUUCUUGCUUUUCACGUCGACGUUAUCCCAACUGCUCACUGUGGGAAUGGAGCAUCGCGAGACCACUGUCAACAUCGGAUCACUGCUAUUCUACCUAAUACUCAUCUUCUGCGGAGUAUUAGUCGCAUACGACGACCUACCGAAAUUCUGGACCUUCAUGUACUGGCUGUCUCCCCUAACAUACCUCAUACGGGGCAUGUUUGCUGUCGGGGUCGGGAAGAAGGCAGUGCAAUGUGCCGCCAUUGAGCUUAUUACGCUCUCCGCCCCCGAUUCCAUGACCUGUCACCAAUACCUUGGGCCCUUCCUUGCUUCCGCAGGAGGGACGCUCAUCGAUCCUAAUUCGACGGGCACGUGCAAGUUCUGUCCAUUGGCACGUACCGACGACCUCUUGAGGCGGUUCAAGAUCGAAUAUACGGACAGGUGGCUGAAUUUGGGCGUCGUUCUCAUCUAUAUAGUCUUCAACAUCUUUGCUACAUUUGGAGUUUAUUGGUUAGCGAGGUUGCCGAAGCGCCAAAAUAUGGUGAAGCGCUGAGCUGGUAGACUGCAUGGAGCCCGGGAUUCGAAUGGGCAGACUAAGGCCCGUAUGCAACGGGCUGAGAGGUGUGGGCUGUGUAAUGCAUUAACGAGGAAGUUAUUGAUGGC